AUGUUUUGGAACGUGUUCCGCUAUUUGGCUGAUAUCUCUCACUUUGCUUCGAUAUGCAUCUUGAUCUGGGCAAUACAUAGAAAUUCAAGUGCUGAGGGUGUUUCGCUUCUGACACAGAUACUCUAUGCCCUGGUCUUUGUCACUCGCUAUCUGGAUAUUUUCGACGGCGACACAUGGGACUUCAAAUAUGGGGGUUUUACUACAUUCUGGAAUCUCCUUUUCAAGCUCUUCUACAUCACCUCCUCCUUCUACCUCGUGUUUAUUAUGAUGAAGGUCUUCCCUCGGACUCGUGAACGGGAGCGUGCAUGGAAGCUAGGUACCUACUCCGUAGGUGGCUCGCUGGUACUGGCACCUAUUUCCAUCUACAUCUUUGAAAUUGCAUUCCGAAAGAACCCAUUCAAAGGAAAUUGGUUUAUAGAGCUGCCCUGGGCAUUUUCGAUUAUUUUGGAGUCUGUCUGUGUAUUGCCCCAGCUACUACUCCUCCGCCAAACCACUGUCCCGACGGUGAUCGACUCCUUCUAUCUCGCGGCCUUGGGUUCUUACCGGGCCUUCUAUAUACUGAAUUGGAUGGUGCGUGGCUUUGGCUCAGAGCACUUCUGGGAUCCUAUCGCGCUGGUCUUUGGUAUCGUGCAGACAGCAUUCUAUGCCGACUUUGCUUGGGUGUAUUACUCGCGUCAGCGCGUGAAGCUGCGCAACGGUGGGGUUGUGGACUCGGAUGACUACAGUAAGAGCUGGCUCGUUAACCGGGUCGUCAGCUUCCGCCGCUCACGUGCAUCUAGCGACGAGGAACAGAACCUCCGUGAUGACGUGGAUGGCGAGGAUGGACGACCGAACACUAACCGGUGGGGCGCCCGGGGAGUCUCCAUCGCAGCCGAUGACACAUUGGAACACCAUAGCCGCCGAGAACCCCAUGACGAGAAUCUCGAUGAGAUUCUCGACGAUGAAGACGACGACGAGAACAGCCCUUAUCUUGGCCACAGCAGGGCGUAA